AGAUAAUCAAGCAACCAGACGCAAGGCUUGAUAUGAAGAAAAAUAAAAGCAAAGCUCAGAUCUAUAUACGUAGUUCGAAUCUGGAUGAGCGAAUGCUUUCUGCGCUGAUAAUUUUGAAAACUAUUUCACGAGGUAAGUUUAACGUAUUUCUGCGUUGCCGAGACACAUAACUGCCGAACACAUUGAGUUAUAACGAAAAUGGUUAUAACUUAUUUAGCCUCUCCUCUGCGGAGGUUUCCCAGUGUGCUUUUCUGGACGUCUUAUGGAAAGGCACUAAUUAAGAAAUAGAAAACGAGUCGCGUGCGUUUAUGGUGUGAUAAUGCACGCGGGGAAUGUUGGGAGAAUACGAGAGAAGCGUGUAAAACACGAGGCGUAGCCGAGUGUUUUACACGCUUCUCGAGUAUUCUCCCAACAUUCCCCAAGUGCAUUAUUGCACUAUAAACGCACGAGACGAGUUUUUCUAUUUCUUUUAUAAUAUAAGUAGAAGAUAUUACAUAGUAAACAAUUUUACUCAAAAGAUCGACGUUGAAAUUCUCCUAACAUGUACUCAGUGACGUCACGCGCAUGCUUUUACCAAAGAUUAGAUACCAUAAAGAUGUGCCACUCGACGUAUUUCCCUAAUGUUUGCGUGUCCGUAAUUUUCACUUACUGCCAAAAUGGCGGCGAGACUGAUGGCGUUGGAUUUUACUAUUUAGAGACUGAUGGCGUUGAAUUUGACACUUACUUGCAAAAUGGCGGCUAUAAAAAAAUCUCGGACAUAAUUUUCGCAGAGUGGCACAUCUUUAUAGUAUCUAAUCUUUGCUUUUACCGUCGCUUGAAUUUUUAAUCGAGCGAAGGAGCAAAAUUGCCAAAACAAAAUACAAACUUUUGAUGCUAUAAAGCCGGAAAAAUUGUUUAAAAUAGUGGAAAUAAAAAAACAGUGACACACAGACUAAUUGCGAAAGUUUUUCAGCAUCUGGGCUGCUGGAUUUGCCAUGAAAGACGGGAAAUCGUAGGUUUCGUCGUGUUUAUAUUCAGUUUUAAUUUUCGAAAUUAUUGUAUUUUUUGUCUUUCGCCGAAAAUAUAUCUAGCAAUCAUGAUUUUUUUCUGUGUUGGUGCAAUGUACACAGGUGAAUAUGAUGCUUGUGAUGUUACUCUGAGUGUAUAUCCACACCGGGCAAGCUUGAAAAAUAUGCCUGACUACGGUGGGAAUCGAACCUACGACCUUUGGAAUGCUAGCCCAAUGCUCUGCCAACUGAGCUACGCGGUCUGGUCUCGAGUAUGUGAUAUUUUGGAACAGAAUCUAGUUCCUUCGAUAUCAAUGUAUUCUAAUAAUCAUGAUUAUUAGAAUACAUUGAUAUCGAAGGAACUAGAUUCUGUUCCGAAAUAUCACAUACUCGAACCGACCAGACCGCGUAGCUCAGUUGGCAGAGCAUUGGGCUAGCAUUCCAAAGGUCGUAGGUUCGAUUCCCACCGUAGUCAGGCAUAUUUUUCAAGCUUGCCCGGUGUGGAUAUACACUCAGAGUAACAUCACAAGCAUCAUAUAUCUAACAGUUAUUAUCAGAAGAAUUACAGGUACUUACUAAAUCACUUAUAUUCAGUUUUUGUUGCCUUUUUUAUGUAUUUGGUCUUCCUGUAUCUUUUCUCGACUAUUUUGUACGCUUUUACCCAAAACUUGUCGAGACAACAACAAAUUCGACGAAUGCCAAGCCGGUUAAUUUUACACGUAGAACUAUAGAAAAUUGCUUUGUUCCUUUGGUCUAUUCCUUCUUGCUUUUUGGUAAAUUUUGUAUUUUAAAAGCUCUAUAGUUUUGUUUAUACUUUUGGCUAAAAAGCAGUGAUGAAGAGGGGGAAAACGGAGAAAGAGCAAGGCAGUGCCACAGAUCACAGUGCAUUAUUGCGUCACAAUGCAGUGAAUGCACGCGCAUUAGCCAAUCAAAUCGUCUGUUGUAUCACAUUUAUAUUAUAAUACUCUAUAGCGCAUUACACUCUAGCGACCGGUUCACUGCUAGUGACUAGAGUGAGAUUGAAAGCCUCUGCGGAGGAGAGAGUUAUUUAGCAAUGUAUAAUGUUAUCAUAUUCGUUGUAAAUAGACAACAACAGCGGAAAUAAUCACGUACAGGACAUCUGAAAAUUAAAUAGUACACUGUAUGGUCACUAUGUGGCAUAGAGCAAACUGGUGAUGGUAAAAAACGACCAGUAAUUUUCACCAAGUAAAGACUACCGAAACUGAACGUGAUAUUGCCAAGCCUUGAAAGGACUUUUUACAUUGAUGAUGUUUUAAUAAUUGUAAUUUUAUUUUAUGGUUUGUAGCUGAUUACCUAUCACAUACAUUUGACGUUUUAAAAUCUGAUCUAAGAGGUGAAGAGGUACUGUGCAGAAAAACAAGGAGGAGGGGGUGGGGGAUCACCGGAACAGCCACGCAGGGAUGUGCGCCGUACGUAUACCGGAAACAACGCAGCUUCUUUCAAAGUUCCAAAAAGAAUCAAGUUCCCCAGAGUUCCAAGAAUGAAAAUUUCCUGUCAACUCCGAAAUUAAGAUUUGCAACUGUUAGCAACGGGUAUACUGUGGUAUAGUUUUCAGGCCUGUUUCUGCUUCUAGUGCGAUUUUGCUUUUCUGGUGAAUGUGAACGAGUAGAUGAGUUAUGAAUGUUCAAAGUAUAUGUACCCAAGAUAUGUACCUCAUCUGAACUUUCAAAGCUCAUCCACUUGUUCACAUCCAUCAGAAGAAAAUCGCAAUAGAAAUCGCAGCGAAAAUUGCAAGUGUAAACAGACCUUUCUGAUUAUAUUUGAUACGAAAACAAGCGAAUUAUCUACAGAAAUUGCAGGAACCACUGAGUAUUUAAAUUAAAUACACUACCAUAUAACAACUCCGAAAACGGUAAACAUUUUGAAAAGUGUUUAUUCGACGUUUCGACUAGAUUUUAGUCAGGAAAAUCAUGAUGAUGACUAAAAUCUAGUCGAAUAAACACUUCAAAAUGUUUACCGGCCUUUUCCGGUUUUCCGAGUUACUAUUGUAUUGUAUCGAAUUAUCCAUUAUUUUUAUGCCACGUAAUAUGUCUGCUCAAGUAAACAUAGCUACAUAUAUACAGAACAUUUUUGGAACCUGGGCUCGUGUUAACAAGUUCAUAGAUACAAUGUAUAUACUGCAAAUACCUCCAUUCAAUCUGCUCACUUUUUGGUUUAGAGUAAACAGUAAAGAUUUCUUAGUUGUAGACUAAUAUUUUCUUUCUUCAGAGUAAACGACUCUUCAUACUCCAUAAUGGUGUUCAAGUCAUCCUACCAUUUAUGAAGCCAAAAAAUAAAGUACGAUUUUACACGUCAAAUAGUCAGGUUAUGAACAUGCAUUGACCCACAGUAAAUACACCCGUGCAUCAUUGUUCACCAUUUACCAUGAUGGUAUUUGAGAGAAGACUAAACACUUAAAUAUUACUUAAUGUGAUCCCAUCUUAUCCUAUCUGGAAAUUCAAUGGCGUUCUGAAUCGUACAUGCAUGAUGAUACGAGACGCAACUAAAUAAAUGAGUUAAACCCAUUAAAGCGACAGGCGUUUUAUUAAAAAGAAUCCACUAAGUCAUCCCCCCUUAUAUAGGUUCUCUUGGAAUUCGCUGUCGAUGUUACAUUGCAAAUGUCCAUGGAAUCCGGUGUGUUUUACUUGUGUGUGUGUGUGUGUGUGUUUUUUUGCUGUGGUGUCAUAAUUUAAAGAACAGUAAGAUAUAUUUAUGCUCUAUUCUAGAUGUUGUUGCUGAAUUUCUAACACGCUGCAGUACCAGCGACUUUUUCAAUGUUUGUACGAAUUUGCUUCAAGAAAAAGGACUAGAACUUAAAAUCUUGGAAAAACUGAGCAUUAUUUUACAAAGACUGUCAAAAAUAAGGUGAAUAAUAAUCAAUAUAAAUAUUGUAUAUGAAUAAAUAUAUACGGAUAGAUUUUAUUGCAGAUGACAGUUAAAAGUGGUUUAGUUUAUGACAGGGACUACAAACUUCGACAAUGCAGAUAUCAGAUAUGUCACCCAAUCAACCAGUGGUGAAAUAUUGAGGGGGGGGGGGCAGAAUUUAGGUUGCCAUCAUAUGACCACUUUUGUUGCUAGAAAUCUCAGUAGUUCUUUAAACUUUUUUAGCUCACGUUUCUCUAUUCUUUAGGAGUAACCGGCGUUAUUUUGAAGCCUUUCAACUUGUUCCAGUGAUGCAAGAACUGCUCAGACAACAUGAUUCUGACAAUGCAUUUUUAUCAUUGAACUUGCGAUCUGUAUUAGUAAAUCUUAACAUUGUUCAAAAUGUGUGAUGUUAAAUGUCUACGAGCAUGACCAUUGAAUCAAAUGAUCGUGACAAAUUAUAUUUUAUAAUUAUGGUGUUAUAUAUAGUCAUCCAAUUAAU